AUGCCCAAAGGUGGGGCCACAUCGUUGAUUCCAGUGUCGGCUGGCCUUCGGACUGAUCUCGAUACAUUUCUAAAAUCUUUUCUCCAAUUGAAAACUAUCAGAUUCACUGAUUAUAAGAAGCUAUUUGAACAUUUGAGAAUGAUCAAUUUAUACAAUGGACGCAGUGAGAGUGCAGAGAUUAUUGAGUUUAAUGAACAGCUUCUGAUCCAUUGCUUGCCGUAUAUAGAAGAGAAAGUUUGCCCAGGAAUUCCAAGAAGUUUAGAAGAACGUUUAUUCGGCCUCUACUCUCUCUACACAUUCUUCUACACCCAACCAGUGGAUCACGUCGUCAAGAUUCGUAUCGAUCCAGAUACCUGUUUGAGUUUCCGUAAACUCACUGAUCUGGUAUUGAGAGAAAACAUACUGGAAGCUUACAUGAUUUGUCUAAAACUUCACGAAGACAAAGCGUUCAGACACGUUGCGUUCAUUCAAACGUUUGAUCCAUCGCUUUUCAAACGGUUCGGUGCCGCAGAUCAAGACAACGAACAUCUUGUUUACACCAAUCAUCUUAACCCAUAUUCUAGAAUCAAAGCUCUCACAGAGUCAGAUUUGUUCCAGAAGCUUCGUAUUAUCAGUCAAGAAUAUAAUCGGCUGAAAAUAGAGGCUGGAUUGAAUUUUGGGAAUCAAAGCCCCAAUCUCGAUUUUUAG